AUGCAGUUGUUGUUGUUGUUGUCUCCUCCUUCUCUACCCUCUACUUUCUUCUUUUUUUCUUUCCUCUUUCAUCUUCUUUCUUAUUUUCUUCGUCUUUCCUUUUUACUGAUCCACUUUUCUCUUUCUUUUUACUCCUCGUUUUUUUCAUUCUCGUCACUCUCCUCAUUCAACUUUGUUAUUUCACCUUUUUGCUCUCCAUUCAAUUUUCAACCUUGUUUUUUCUUGUUCUUACUCUUGCCAUUCAACUUUGUUAUUUUUAAAUAUCACCCUUUCUUUCUUUCUUUCUUUCUUUCUUUUUUCUUUUUCAUUUCCUUCUUUUUUCUUUCUUUUCAUUCAAUUUUCUUAAAUAUCACUCUUUCUCUAUUUAUUUCUCUUUAUCCCUUUCUAUUCAUUUAUUCAUCUUUCUUUCUUUCUUUCUUUCUUUCUUUCUUUCUUUCUUUCUUUCUUUCUUUCUUUCUUUCUUUCCAUUCAAUUUUCAACUUUUUUCUCAUGUUUUCCUUUGCUUUAUAUCUUUUUUUUUUACUUUUUCUUUCUUUUCCUGACACACUAAUUUUUUUUUCUUUCCUUUCUUACAUAUAUUCAUCCUUUCUUUCUUUAUUUCACAUAUACAUUCUCUUUUGUGUAGAACUUUCUUUUAUUCAUCUUUCAUUUCGUUUCAAAUUUCUAAUGUUUUCCCUUGAUAUUUACUUCUUUUUUCUUCAAUCUUCAUUCCUUUCUUCAUUCCUAUAUUCCUUUCUUUCUUAUUUUCGUUCUCUUUUGUAUAGAACUUUAUUGGAUUUCUUUCUUUCUUUUUUCUCUUCGUUUUGUUUCCUUUUAUUCUCCUUUUUUACACUUUUCCCCCUAGAGAGAGAUCAGAGCCCUCAAGUGUUUCAUAAACCAAUCCUUUUAAGAAUCCUUCUUUUCUUUGAGGUGUUUUCCUAG